CUUUGGCACAUUUGAUGUGUCUCUGUUCUAAAGCUUCUGCCAGCCAUAGCAAGAUCCGUCUUUUCCAAGAAAGCACUGUAUGGCAUACACUCUUCUGUAAACUUUUUUUGCGAUGCUGAUGCCCAUAGUCAGAUAGUGGACGCAAGCCUGCCCUGCAACAUAUUACUGCUUGUCUGGCCAAGGUGAUUUGGAGGUCUCUCCAGACUCCUCUGCUCAGGAGCAAAGCUGGAACCAACUGAAGGUCGAGAUGGCUGACAUGUGGCAGCCUUUUGCGGAAGGCAUCUGGAGCCUCGCCAGCCUCGCGCAGAACGCCCAGGCCUGGAGCAGUGAACAAACUACGUCCAAGGAUGCCGAGUCUGAGGUUGAUGGUGCAGCUACAACAGCUGUAUGCACGUCACCUGUACGUGCCGUAGAACCCAGGAUGUGCAUCGCCACUCAUCGUUUGGACAGCCUGGCAAGCACCUCCUUACCAGAAAGCGAGGCCAAAUCAGAUGAUCAAGAUGAUUUGAAGCCUCAACCGCAACCUGAAAGUGCCCGACUAGCUGUGGAUGAGCCGGAAACAAAGAAUGAGGCCAAUCCACCAGAGGAUGGUAAAGAUGAGGAUCGCGGACCAGCAUGGCUUUCAGCUUUGGGCUUGAACUUUGCCUGUUGUGAAGUGCCCUGGCCUUGCGCCCGAGACUGGUCUUGCUGGCAAGUUCCAGCUGCGCAGGGUAGUGAGAUGGCAGGAGCGGAUCUCUCCAAGUCACACCAGGAUGUUUAUCAGAAGCUCUGAAAUCAUUGC